AAACUUUAAAACCUGAUUUCAUAUGUAUGACGUUCAUGAAGCAUUGUUCCGAAUUUCUACGAUAUAUAUUAUAAAACCAUUAUUUAUUUUAUAAAUCGCAGAGAGUUUAAAAAUUUCAAACAUGAAUUUCGAGUAUUCUUGAGAUAAAGUUGAUUUACACGUUUCUUUACUUUAUAAAAAUUAUUAUGCGAUAUCCACUGUAAAUGUAACUGAGCGGGAAAUGAAUCUCGCCGGAGCACAUGUCAACCCAGUGACAAUUCUUCAUAUUUAUCAUUGUUCUGCUCUAAUCGAAGCUGACAAACACAAAAAACAACCGAAAGCAGCGAAGAAAUGAUUGAACAAGUUUCUUGUGCGUAUCAAGCGGCUGGCCAUUUGAGUGGACUUGGCCCGAUCCGAAGUCGUCGCUAAGUUUAGUCUGAGCUUAGAACUUGGUGCGACGUGUUGAUCAAAUCGCUGAAAUGUGCUAGAGCUAUCUCCGAAUCGAAUAAAAAAAGUUAAGGGGAAUCAGCAAGUGCUAUUAAAAAAAAAAAUGGCAAAGCCAAGGUCGUCGGUGGAAACGGCGGGCAAUGGAAAUGGAAUGGAUCCGGAGCCCAAGCUCAACUACUUCCAGAAAUUGUGGCGCUAUCGCCACUAUCUGGUCAUCGAGCCCUUCUUCUUUUUCUACUUCAUGGCCUCCGUGUUCAAUGCGGUGGCUAUGCAGAAUUUCCCAUUGGACAAGGCGUGUCGAGUGAAUCUGGGAUACAACAAGAUGGUCUGUGACACGAUGCUGGACAAAUCGGAGCUGGGCAUCGAAUGCGAUGAUUUCGACUUUGAGAACACCACCCAGGGCGCCACUCCGGAUCUGGCUGGCCUGGUGAUCGGAGCCACAGGGUUCAACUAUACGGUCUGCAAGGCGGAACUCGAGGCCCAGAUCCUCGCUGCAGAUGUCUCCGGCAAACGUGCUCCGAUGGCUGCCAUUUUCCCACUGAUUGUGCUCCUAUUCGCCGGAGGAUGGGCAGAUCGGUACAACAAACGUAAACCCUGUAUGAUAAUGCCUAUCAUCGGAGAGGCACUAUCCUUUACAUGUCAAAUCAUCUCUUCAAUUUUUUUCGAUUCGCUGCCCAUGGAGUUUGGUGCUUACUGUGAGGCCAUCGUUCCGGCUCUUUUCGGUGGAUUGACCUUCUGUCUGAUGGCCAUUUAUAGUUACAUCACCAUUGCCACUCCCGAGGAGGACCGAGUUUUCCGCUUUGGCAUCUUUGCUAUGUUCGUCACUGGAGUUCCAUUUAUAGGUCAACCGAUUAGUGGAGUUCUCUUCACCACCUUGGGCUAUACAUGGUCCUUUGCGACAGCUAUAGUUUUCCAGCUGAUUGCGAUAUUUUACAUUAUUUUCUUCAUAAAAGAGGUGAAGACCACUCCCACAACUGCCACAAACGGCGCCCAGCCAAAUGAGCCACCACCUCUGCCCACUACUUUGCCACCAAAGCGGGGUACGGAUAACAUGGCCUACGAGACCACGAACAUCGAUGAACAGCAGGGAAACAAGAACGUUAACUUCCAGCUUACUCCACAUAUGGAGCCGAAAGUGGAGGUGGUGCCUCCGAAACGAUCCCUGUUGAAGGAACUGUUCGAUCCCACCUUGGUGCUGGACUGCAUCCGUUUUCCGCUGAUCAAGCGACCAAACAACGGACGCAUGCUGCUGAUCCUCCUGCUGUGUGCCUACUUCCUGACCGUGGGUCCCACUUCCGGGGAGAACGACUACUGGUACCGGUUCACCCUCAAGAAGCUCGCCUGGAAUGGCAACGACUUCAGCAUAUACCUGACCUUGUCCAGUGGUGCUGCCCUGGUGGGCACAUUUAUUGGCACCGCCAUUCUGAGCAAGCUGCUCAAAGUCUCCGACUCCAUGAUCGGAAUGCUCUCCGCUUUGUCCAUUGUCUGUUCCCGAGUGCUUUUUGCUUUCUCCAGCACCACUACCUCGUUUUACGUGGCUGGAGUGGUGGACAUGUUCGUCAGUUUGCGAGUGAUAGCCAUCAAGACCAUCGGUUCCAGCAUCGUGGCAGGCGAUGAACUGAGCAAAAUGUACUCAAUCUUUGGCAUCAGUGAGCCAAUUGCCCAGUUUAUUUUCCCGCCCAUCUUCAGUGAGAUCUACAAAAGUACGGUUGACUCAUUCCCAGGUGCCAUUUGGCUGUUUGGCGAAAUCUUCUAUAUUCCCAAUGUGUUGGUCUUUGUUGUGUGCUAUUUCCUUCUGAAGCGUCGAAAGGCCAAUGAGGAAAAGAGUGCCGUGGAACUGGAACAGAAUGGUGCAAAUGGUGCCAAUCGAGCAAAUUUACCCGAUAGCGAAAUAACUAGUCUAUAGUGUAAUUAAUGUCAGACCGUGUUAUAUAUUUUUUAUAUUUAUAAUAUAAAUUGUAUAUUUUUGUAUAUUUAUAAACAAUGUUUAUAUUUUGUAAAUAAUUGCAAGAGAUCUACAUAAGUUAAUGUACUUCCAGAUGUGCUCUGAAAUAUAGGAGCUUAAAAUCACUCCUACAGUAUGCAAAAAAUGUAUAAUAAUUGUAAAGGUCGAUAAAAACUUGAGUUUAAUUCCUUGUUAUUAACAAUGCAAAGAACUAGUCUAUAACUUAAUUAAAAUCCUUUGCUUGAAAA